CGUCGAGGAACCACGCGGGGUGGAAACACCGAUCUGGCAGCACUGAUGACAUCAAGAUCUAACCCACGCCCUUAUCUUCGGGAGAAUUGCUGAAGGGCCUAGCUGUCGGCCGGAGCCGCCAUGCGCGAUGAUGGAAAGCGUUACGACUCAUGCGGUACGAGCCUCAGUGCUUCAUGCAGCUUCGAUUGCGAGUGGAGAAGAUAGCCGCUCCUGGUCAGGUACGGCGAGGUGGGUUGUACUGUGCCUUGCUCUAACGCGGGAUUCCGUGUUGGAGUGGUGCGGAGAGAGGUACAGAGUCGCCGGAGGUGUCAUCUAUUUACUCGUGGCCUCCUCUUCUUUCGUCGCUGAGCUCUCAGCGUCCCUCUUUUCCUGCUUCUGAGCUUCUCUGGUCACCCCUAGCUUCAGUGAUUCAAUUGAGCUCUCUCGUCUCGUCACGAUGCGGACAUCCUUCGUUCUCCCCGCUCUCGUGGCAUUGCUUUCGUCGUCUGCUUCUUCCUCUCCACUCGCCCCCCGCGAUGCUGUAAAGUCGGUAGAAGCUCGCUGGGAGGAGUGCAAAAUCACGCCAAAAGUCUUUAUCAUCAGCAUGUUUCCGCCUGAAGCUGAGGUCUGGUGGGGAAUCCCAGAAUUCGACCUACUGGCCAAGAACGUGACAGUCCAUGGGUUCUCGCCUUUGUUCCAGGAAGCUCAUUGCACAGCUGAUGGCGAGAUCUGCCAACUGAUCACCGGAGAGAGCGAAAUCAACGCAGCCGUGACCAUCUCCUCCCUCGUCGCUUCCUCCAAAUUCGACCUCAAGAGCACCUACUUCAUGGUCGCCGGCAUUGCUGGCGUGAAUCCCAAAGUCGCAACUCUCGGCUCCGUCACCUUCGCGCGCUACGCUGUUCAGGUUGCUCUCCAGUACGAGUUCGACAUCCGCGACAUCCCAGACAACUUCACCACCGGCUACGUCCCGCAAGGCAGCACCGUCCCAGACGAGUACCCACAGUCCAUCUAUGGCACUGAAGUCUUCGAAGUGAACGCAGACCUCCGCUCUCUUGCAGUCGGCUUCGCUAGCGCUGCGAAGCUGAACGACAGUGCAGACGCAGUGGCAUAUCGCGCGAACUACCUCAGCACGCCUUACUAUGCAGCUGGUGCAGCAGCCCCGAGCGUAGUCGAAUGCGAUGUCGCGACCUCAGAUGUGUACUACAGCGGCACCCUCCUCUCCGAAGCCAUGGAGAACUACACGACUCUAGUCACCAACGGCUCCGGCAUCUACUGCAGCACCGCGCAAGAAGACAACGCGACUCUCGAAGCACUCCUCCGCGGCGCUGUCUCCGGGCUUGUCGAUUUUGCGCGAAUCAUCGUUAUGCGCACGGCUUCUGACAUGGACCGACCGUAUGCCGGCGAAGCCGCUACCACGAACCUCUUCUGGGCCGAGCAGGGCGGCUUCGAGCCCGCGAUCCAGAACAUCUACCUCGCCGGCGUGAAGGUGGUUGAGGGGAUAAUUGGGGGGUGGGAAGGCAAGUUUGCGAAGGGCGUGAACGCGACGAACUAUAUUGGAGAUAUCUUUGGGACAUUGGGUGGCGCGCCAGACUUUGGCCCGGGCAGCGAGUUCAAUGACAAUCCGGUCAAGAGGAGCUUGAAGGCGCGAGGGAUGGGGAAGAGAGGCGCGGCUAUGUUGAAGAGCGGGAGGCAGUAGUAGAUGGCGUUGUAGGGUAUGGAGGUUCCACAGACAUGCUGUGUAGAUGUAUGAUGAUAUGAAAACAAAAGCUCUAGUUCCUGAAUGGUAGCAAACCUAC